AUGGAGCUGAAAUGGGACCAGCUCAAGGCUAUAGUAUUAGAUGAAGAUGAAUUCAUCAAAUAUUACAGUGACCACAUUGCUACCAUCACCGAUGUUAUAACCAACAAACCAGAACGACAUUUGAAAAAACUUGUUAUACCAAGACGAUCAUUUACUGCUUUGCAACUCUCGACUGCUUCACCACGUGAAAUCUCCUUGAGCUCAAGAAGUGUUCUUCUAGGCGGGAUUCCUGAGCUGUGGUAUGCGCAGCAUAGUAAUAGUGUUCUCAAGGCCAUGGCUAAGCUAAUGCGUAGAAAACCAAGGAACAGAGUUCGCUAUAUUUAUCCAAUUGGCCAUAAAUCAUCCCGGCACCUUCGGAGUAAAUAUGCUAGGAAUAAGAAGUACAAUAUAAAGUCUUCUGAAAACUCAAGGGGACACUUAGGUUCUAUUAUUCAGGAAAGUGCAAAUGGCUGUCAUAAUAGCAAGCAGCUUCAUAAUAAACAAAGCCCAACACGGCAUAAUAUGCCUUCUUUACCGUCAAGUAACAACUCAAAUGGAGGCGUCGCGGACAACCAAUUAGCACAUUCCGGAGAUGAUUGUGUGGUUGUUAAUUCUGGUUUCAACCACGCUAUAACAAGUGAACUAGACAGUGUGGUUCAACAGCCGAAGCCGUCGACUGCUAAUCUUCAUACUAUUCCCACGGUAAAAUUUGAUAUGCCAGGCUCGCCGUUAGAGAGUACGGAUGACAUCAUGAGUCUACUUUUACGACUGAAGAACACAGGAACGGGUAUAUCCACUGUGAAUGGAGACUCAACUUCUGUUUAUUGCUCGGCUAAGGAAUCCCUUAGAGAUCCUAUAAAUGAUGAGGACGAUGAGGACGAGGAUGACUCUAUAGAAGAGGGAUUCCCUGACACUUCGGUAUUAACAAUUGAAACGACGCAUAUUAAUGAAACAGAAAGAAGUAACAUCUUAUCCAGUUCAAUGGCUUCUGGGUGUCUUAAAGACAAGAAUAUUUUAGCCCGUAAGACUAGUAGAACUUCCAAAAUCAAAUUUGAUUUAUCUACUGCACGACCUGAAAUAAAACAAGCUGAAAAAUCCCCAGACGAGGAUUUGAAAGUGUUAAAACCAGAACCAGAACCUUUACCCAUCCCCAAAUCAAGAUUUUUAUCAUCUUGUGCAUCUUGGGAGGAGCCCUUGAAAGGUACAUGGAGUGUAGCCCAUAGAGCUAAGAAAAUUGUAAUCCAUGAAUGGAAUCAAGUUAGAGCCAAGGAAUCUGAUUUCAAAAAUAGAUUCUUUAACCGCUUUAGAAUGGGUGAAGUUAUUAAAAUGGAAAAAAUGUUGGUUUUGGUAAAAUCUGCUGUCUCAGUCACACAUCCACCAACAACGUUUUCUGAUGCAGAACCGAUCGAUACAAGAGUAUAUGGGCGUUGGAAAGAACAUAUAGUGGUUGCUCGAGCUACUGGGAACCCAGAUACACCAAUUUAUAUACAGUUCCUUGACAGAAGAGGUAUUCCUAAGUUAGAAAAAUGCAAGCAUGUUAAGUCAAUGGAUUUCACCUUGACAGAAUCGUGCUCGGUGGGGUUCUACAAUUACUUAGAUAGGACAAUUUACAUUCUAAAACCUGAUGAAAAACUAGAGAAAGAUUUGAAAGAGGGGAAUUUAAGCGAUAAGGGCCAUGGCUACAAACCAUUAAAAAUAUACAUUCUAAGAUGUAGCACAUUAAGAUCUUCAGGCAGGUGGCUUGGAUUUUUGCGGGAAUCCAUUGGUUUGAAAACGAUUCCGGAUGCUCUUGAUAUCCAAAUUCCUCAAAUGAGGAUGUCAUUGUCCGUAUCGUUGCCUAUUCAAGCGUUAAAGGAAAUGAAAGAAAAGGCUUCACAAGAGCAAGUAGAAUUGAAGAUUUUGCAAUUAAAGACAGGGUACAGAGUCAUUCCAUACCCUUUACUUCGAUACAUGGGUCUAGUUAUUAGAAACGCAUUGAUAGAUGCUGGAUUCAAGGAUGUAGUGAGGAAUUGGGAAGAAGAAAAUGUGUUAAUGGGGUUUAGCUGGAAGCGUUAUGACAUGCUUGAAUGGGUGCUCGGUGAUCAAAUAGAUGCUUUAUAUGGGUCAUUUUUUUUAAAUACGUCGCAUAUCUUAGAAUACAGACAGUUGACAGAUUAUCCAAGAUCAGUUUCGUUAAAUGCCAGUGAUAACAUGGAGGAACCUCCACACAUUGAGGGUUUCCUUGCAAUUUGUGCAUCUAGACAUCAAGGUGGAUCCAAAGAUCUCUUUUCACAUCGUUUUAUUAAACUUAAGUAUAUGUAUACCUGCAAUGGUAUACUAUUCUAUACAAGAGCAAUGAAAGGUAUGCCUCCUUUACCAACAUUCGAUUUAUCAAACGAAUUCGGACAAUUCAAAAAACCUUCGUCCUUGCAAGAGGUUCUUAAAAGUCUUCCCGAAAUAUAUGACCACAACCCAUAUCCCCUAGAUGCAAAUAAUCACAUUUGUUGGCUCAAUGAUAAAUUAUCAUCCAAGGACUUUCUUUAUUUUGAUGAUUUUGCUUUAAAAUCGGCUGCAAGAAAAGUUUCCCAAAUAAUUAGAGCAGAGUGUGCAAUAGAUCUUACACAGGUGGAAUCAAUAUGUACUUUGGAUGUAAAAGAAGCAUGUACAAUUGCUAAAUCCAUCAAAUUUUGGAACAAUGCCAAUAACCUCUUUUGGAAGUCCCAAUCGUCAAUUGAAGAAACAUCAAAGUCAAUAAUUGUUAUCACUAUGAAGAAUAAAUCAUCAGUUAAAUUGCUUGCUCCUAAUAUUUCAAUGGCAAACGAAUGGAUUCGAAGGCUUAAUGAACUAUCCAAUUAUUGGACUGCACGGUUGCAUAGAGACCAGGAAAUAAUGUGGAAAACUAAGAUGGCAAAUUUGAAAAUGCUAAGCAUACAAGAACAGAAUGAAUCCAAUAUUCUAGGCAACACACCCAGAUGGAUCAAUGAACGUGGUUGCGUAAGUGAUGCCAUUUACAAUGUUAGUUCAAUAUCUGUAUUACGGCCGUUAAUACAUCAGGGUAUCUUGUAUCAAAAACCGCGUAAACAUUCUGUCUUUAUAAAAUGUUAUGUUACAUUAAUUCCUGGAUUCAUUGUUCUUUUUGAAUGUUUUAAGCGAUCAAUAAUGGGUUAUUCUUAUAAUACCGUAGGGUACGGGCAUUAUGUGACGGUUCCCAUUGAAGAAUGUUACAUAUAUUCAGGAAACAUUACAUCUCAAGAUCUAUUGAGAAGGGAUAGAGAAUUUAACAGCAUGAACCCUGGUAAUAAGUCUUUACCAAGAGUGUAUCUCGAUGGUUGGAAGUCUUUGGAAGAUGAGCCUCAUAGAUGUUUUACCCUAUGGUUUGGUUCUAAGGGUGCUAUAGUAAAUUAUAAGUUAGCUAAGAAAACAAUGGGUUUUAGUGAUGAUGAGGACUGUUUAGAAGAUAACGUUGAUAUCGAUGCUGAAACCAAGACAAUAACAUCAGAGGAAGAACUUGCAGGAAAGCUUGCCGAUCCAUAUGUGAUUGUCAGUAGACUAGGCCUUAAUGGGAAGUCAAUGGUAUUCAUGGCAAGGUCAAGGCAGGAACGGGACCUUUGGGUGCACAAAAUUCAUUGCGAAUUAGAAAGAAUUAAGAGAUUGUGA